UCGCUUGAUUUCACCGAUAGCAGUCAGCAGCAGCCAAUAACGGGUUGCCACGCCGUAGGUCCCUGUGCCUUGAUUGGCGAGCCACACGCCAGCAAUCUAAGAAAGAGGGCCAUAAACCGAGCCGCGGCGGUUUCUAUGUACGUCCGUCUAAUGGAGCCGCGAAAUUUCUCACUUGCGCACACGAGGAAAUUGCGGCGCGAUACGAGCCAAGCAGCGGAUGUUCGUUGGCGGACAGGCGGACAUCCGUGCGGGGAGGGGGGGGAUUUGGGGGAGGGCGGGGAGUGAGUCUCUCACUCGUCAGAGGGAUGCUGGUGUUUGGGGAAGGGGCGGAGGGAGAACAAACGGCGGGCGCCGAUCGGCGGAACAUUCAUCAUCGCCGCAAAGCCACCCGCUCCUUGCGGAAGCGCCCAGCCCGUUUCCUCCCUCAAUCCACCAGUGGUACUGUAUGCGCGUACAGUGUACCGCGCUGUUGUGCCCAGCCUUCCCGGUCCGCACCCCCACCCUCCCUCCCUCCCUCCCUCCCUCCUCCCAACUCCCCCAUUUUCCCCUCCUUUCGAUCCGCGCGAUGUUCGAAGGGCUGCUGCGGUGACCGCGACACCAUGCGGAUCGACUGUGGCGUGGCACGAGGGGCAUCGGCGUGGCAUGAGGGGGGGAUCGUGGCAUGCCCGUGGCACGAGUCGACGAGUGUGGCCGUGGUGGUGGCAGGGAGAGGAGAGGAGAGAGGAGAGGAGGGAGGAGAGAGAGGAGAGGACCAUCUGGUGACUGAUGGUGGCGGUGGGGUGGCUGGAAGUAGGCAUCCGCCCCCCUUCCUGCCGCCAAUCUCGAGAGAAGGGAGUGAGACGAUAAGCUCUCAGCGAGACGUGAGAGACUGUCACUCUCUCGUCGUCGCUUCGGGUCAGGGGCCAACCGUCAUUUUCGUCGGCCGCCUACGACGAGCACCGUCUCAUCCUCGCCGUGCCUCACCUUCUCGCUGAAGCUGACGGCCCUUAUCGUCACGAGAACCGUCUCAUCCCCGCUUUCCCCCGCUUUCCGCGCCAACCCCGCCUUCGCCGCCUUCUCCGCCUUCCCCGCAAGCCGCAAGCCGCAAUCCGCAUCCCCGCGUCAUCCCCACGAUGGGUUCGCACACGCUCAACGUCCCCGUGCGCGUCUUCUCGUGGUCCGCGCGCGUCUUCUGGCUCGUUGCGCUGGCGCUGCUGAUCACCUUCGUGACCUACCUCUCCAAGGACAAGACGGCGCCCGACCUCGCCGCCAGUGGCGGGCUCUCCUCGUGCUUCAACUGCGACAACGGGUGGAACUGGCACGUGCUGCUCAUGGGGAUCGCGUUCGGCGUGGCGAUGACUGAAUCCAUCCUCGCCUUCUGCUCCAGCUCGCUCAGGGGGAACGGGUACGCCAAGUGGGUGCACCUGAUCUGGCAGGUGAUCGCCCUCAUUCUCGCGGCAGUGGCCAUGGCGUCCAUCAUCGUGAACAAGGGCUCCAACUACGAGCACUUCUACUCCGUGCACGCCUACUGCGGCGUGCUCACGCUCGUGCUCUUCGCCAUCCAGUUCGGGUGGGGCCUGUGCGCGUUUGUGCUGUUCAAGAGCAAGCUGUCUGACGCCACGCGGUACCAAAUGGGCACCUACCACAUCCUGCUGGGCAAGUUCACCUACUUCGCUGGCAUCGGCACCUGCGUCAACGGGUUUGCAGACAUGCAGAUGAUGAUGGUGCAUGCAGGGCAGCCGUACUACGGCAGUGCGACCAUGGCUCAGAGCUGGGCCUCAAUCUUCCUCUGGCUCACCUCGGCUGCGGUCUUUGGCGCCAUGACUACCUCCAGGACCGCUGAGCUCGUCACUGAUUCCGAUGAGAAAGACAAUGAGAAAGUCGCGGUGUAGAUUGGGUGGUAUGCUAUGGUGCUGUUUGGCUGCCAUCUGAUGGUAGUUUAAAUAAUAAAUUUACAUCUCCUGGCUGUAGGACCUCAUGGUAAAGCCUGUCUAAUAUAGCAUAGGGGGAGUUCAAGAUGUUGGAUGGAAUUAUGGGAGCAGCACCCUAGAUGUCAGACUUCUAAUGCUGAAUCAGCCUUUUUUCAG